AUGUCUCUGGACGAGGAAGCUCUCCAAACAGCCGCCAAUGGCGGCCAGAUGGAUUUAGAGAGAUGGAACGGCAUGGCUGGGCCACUGAUUGAGCGACUGGAAUACAUCGUGUACAAUGUGUUCCCCAUGCCUCAAGCGCGCCCCGACCCCAUCGGCCAGCCUUUAUUUCCCAACCAUUCUUCUCAGGCAAAUUCCAUCCCACCCGAAAGCAGCAACAAGGAAAACACCUCCCCCGCCGAUAUCCAGACUUUACCCCAGGCAGCGCGAACUGGCUCUCCCCCGUCGAGUGAGCGAGUGCCAGAGUCGCAGCCCCAGCCAUCUGGAGCGAGCACGGAUGGCCAGCUUCCACCCCCGCUUGCAUUUCUUUUGAGCGCCAUCCGCUCAUCGAUUAAAUCCUUCUUCGAGGAUAAACCUCCACACACCAUUCAGAGACUCGCAGAGCUGGUCCUCUACCCGACCAAGCACUAUAGAACGCUACCCGCAUACCUACGUGCUGUCGAUCGCGUUGUCUCAGUGACAAGCUCCGCAGAUGUUUUCCCAUUCCAAACGCCGGCUGUCACGAAUGCUCCAACAAACGGGCUAGUGCUUCCUGGCAAUAGCAGCGGGGUAUAUACGGCCCCGGACUUUGCCCACGGUCUUGGGAGCGAUGAAUCUCUGGGCGGUGCGCUACUUACUCCGAUCCCGUGGUUAACCAAUGCCUCGUUCGAAGGCGAGGAUACCAAUGGAGAUGCAGGCAUACUAGUUAAGGGCACUGAAGCUUUACCUACACAGCCCCAGGAGGAGCCGAGCACCACAACCCUAGUAACCACCGAAGCCGAAGAAAGUGCUACUACCGCCUCACCAGAGCCAUCUGACGAGGUCCCUCACGCCCGUGGUCCAAUCCUCCUCGGCGUGGAAGACAUGGGUCUGCAAGACGGCAAAGGCGUCGAGAUGCGUCUUUCCGGAGACGGUGCCGCCGAUGUCCCGGCUGCUGCUGCUGCCACUGCUACCCAGGCAAUGGAAGAACAAGAAAAGGCCGGAUCAACUGGCGACAAGGACGGUGAUAUUGUGCUUGCAGACACCAAACCGAAUGAAGAGGAAGAAGCCAAGAAUGAAGGCCUUUCUACAGAGCCCCAAACAGGCAAUGCAGAGUCUGAACCAACUGGUGAUUCAUCCCAAGCGCCGGACGCCGAGAAGAAAGCAUGA